AUGGCAUUCAAUCUCGUUUCUUCGAGCUCCGAGGCCCAGACCAUGACUUCGAACGGCGCCGUUUCGCUUAUUCCAAACGCCUUGCGCGUCAUGGAUUCUAUCGGUGCAUACUCUCGCAUCAAGCAUAAAGGAUUCAACUUCGAGGCCAUGACUUUUAUGACGGACCCUGAGCACGAGGUUACUGGGAAGCUCUACUUUGGACAGAAAGAUGUGUAUGAGUACGAUGGCAUACGCAUCACGCGAAAAGUGUUAAUCCACGAGCCGAGGGAAAUGGUCAUAGAAGCUGGAAUCGAAAUCUACUACGGAAAGAAGUUUUCUAAGGUCAUCAGCGAAGAUGAUAAUGAUGGCUCUCGGGGGACAGCUGAAAUUUUGAUCGGCGCUGAUGGUAUCCAUUCCAAAGUCCGAUCUUAUCUCUUCCCAAGCAUCUAUCCAGAAUAUGAGGGUUUUCUAGGUUUAACGUAUUGCUUCCCACGUGCUAACACACAACUGGAUGACGAAUUCCCACUUCCAGUAUCUCUACGUGGGCAACAUGGUUCUUUUAUCAUAACGCCUCAAGCUGAAAAUGGUAACGAGGUUUUCGUUGGACGGCAGUAUAAGUAUGAGCCACAAGAUCGUUAA